AUGGAAUCACCUGUUAUCAAGGCAAUCUAUCCUCUUGAUGGUAAGAUUCACGAGACUGGUAGCAGAACCCGCUUUGAAGCAACGCACCAAAAUUCAGUUGGGGUUCAAUUGGGCGUCGAUCAAUAUGGUAAGGCGACACUAAACCGAGCUCAAUCCAUUAGAUACCACGGUUCUACUGCUCCGCAUGUCUCAGCUUCGGGCGUCCAUACCUCCGAGCUUGACCUCACAAUGAAUGAGGAUAGUUGUUUGAAGCAUGGGGUCGCUCGCUCUUUAUAUUUUGCUGCCCUGAUUGAGUUUGAUAGUGCGGCGGACAGGUCUUUUGAAGCUAGCUUGAUUGUCGAAACACAGUCUCAAAAGGAGCUACCUUUCAAAUUGUGGUCUAUCCCAAAGACAUGGGUCUUAGAUUACGACGGAAAAACAGAGCUUGGGCAGUUAAAUUUGAGCACAUAA